CGGGCAACGGCGGCGGCGGCGGCGGCGGCAACGGCGCGUCCUCCUCUUGCUUCAGCGCUGCGCCCUCGCGCUGUUGCAGCCCUCCUUUCUGGCCGGACCUCGUCCACUUCCCCUAACAGCGGCCCCCAACCCGACGUAAAGGCAUGACUUCCUGGCACCUCAGGGGAAGCAGGGUACAAGCCCAGAAACUCUUUCCCCACCACCACUUGUUGAAAAACUGAUCGAAGGCAUCCUCCGCGUUUGAACAGACGGCAAGGGCCAGGGUUUGAUGCCUCUCUGGCCUUGUGCGGGAGACCAGUCACUGCUGAGUACCAAGAGGAAAAAAACUGGAAACUAACCCGAACCAUAUUGAGAGUCAAAAUGGAGAGAUUUGUAGUAACAGCACCACCUGCUCGGAACCGGUCUAAGACUGCUUUGUAUGUGACUCCCCUGGAUCGAGUCACUGAGUUCGGAGGGGAGCUGCAUGAAGAUGGCGGUAAACUCUUCUGCACUUCCUGCAAUGUGGUUCUGAAUCAUGUUCGCAAGUCUGCCAUUAGUGACCACCUCAAGUCAAAGACUCAUACCAAGAGGAAGGCAGAAUUUGAAGAGCAAAACGUGAGGAAGAAGCAGCGGCCGCUGACUGCAUCUCUGCAGUGCAACAGUACUGCGCAGACAGAGAAAGUCAGUGUUAUCCAGGACUUUGUGAAAAUGUGCCUGGAAGCCAACAUCCCGCUCGAGAAGGCCGAUCACCCAGCCGUGCGUGCUUUCCUGUCUCGCCACGUGAAGAACGGAGGCUCCAUACCUAAGUCAGACCAGCUGAGGAGAGCGUAUCUGCCCGAUGGAUAUGAGAACGAAAAUCAGCUCCUCAACUCACAAGAGUGUUGACAAGGAGGUUCCACUAUUGUGAUCAAGAUAAAUAAUGUGGAGUAUUAAAGUUAUGUGUUGAUUGUGUGGUUCAUUUUUUAUAUUUAUUUCAUUUGAAAUCAUGUGAUGCAGAAUAGUUUUGCAAUGUGUAUAUAGUUGCAGGCAAAAAAACAAAAAUCUCACUGCAAAACUUGUUCAUUUUAGUCACCGAUGGUAUAAAGCAAAACUUGGCUUUAGAGUGUGCUAGGAUUCCUGAAACCUGAUGGUUAUCUUUAAAAUUGAUGGCUUUUGUCCUGAAAUGUUUGCAUGGAAGAGCUGCCCUGCUUUCUUACCCUGUUGCCAUGUAUGAUUAUUCCUUAUGAGAUUACUUAAUUACUUGGGUUGAAGACCAGUGUAGGAAAUUGAAGUCGCUGCCAGGCAACACCAUUCAGUAACUUAGAGGAAUUAUUUCUGAUUAGAGGAUCCUCUUCCAACAGGAAGGGGUGAAAGGAAACUGUUAUUUCUCUUCAGCUUCCUAGCAGAAAUGAUUUUAUUUCAACUGUUUUACUUGUAUCUGAGGUAGUUGCCUUAAUUAGCCUUCAGUUCCUCACUGUCUUUUUUUUUUUCUCCCUUUUAAAUGCCUAGAUUAUUUAGUAGCUUCAAAUGACCAAAAGACUGAAUUUUUUUUUUCUUUUUAAUGUCAGUGCCAAAAGCUGUAGGGAAUUUAGCAGUGACAAGAUUUUAGUCUCACAAUGAACCCAUUUUUGAACCAUAGUUUCAUUUUGAGCAUCAUCUUGAAUUUACGAACUUUUCUUUAUAUCUUAGUGUUGAAAGGCUUUGGCAUUUAAUUUAAUAAGCUAGAUAAUUUAUGGUUAAGUUUCCUUUUUAUUGAGGAUUGCUACUUUUUGGCUGACCAAACAGAUCAUAAAGAAAUUACUAUUUAAAUAUUAAGUUUUCCUUAAGAUUUUUUUUUUUAAGUUUAUUUAGAGAGGUAGAUUAGAAACAAGGUUGCUUCCACUUUUAUCUGUUUUGUGCCUGGUGGUAUAAGGUUUUUAAGCAUGGAUGGUAAAGAAUUACCUAGAAAUUCUAAAGAGUAGUGGCAUUCAGACAGUAUGCUUGCAUAGCUGUCUGGGUGAGGACAAUUAAAGGUCAACCCUGGUCAGGAAAUGAUCUGUCUGAACCUCAAGCUGUAAGGUUAUCAGAAUAGCUUAGCCCAGCUAAAUGUUGUCUGUCACAAACCUAAGUUGUAUUUUAAAAAUGUAACGGCUGAGAACUUGGGCUAGUGCUUUAACUGAAAAUCUUAAAUUCUUUCAAACCACUUACUUUGAAGUUUUUUAUAAAAUAUAUUCCCAUUACAGAGCUCCAAGAAAGGAUAUCCCGUGUGACUUGGGAAUUAAACAAAAGUAAGAAAAGGAUUGUUGUCAAAAAUGGCCAUGUGAUUUUAGAUUUUGAUUUAUUUUCACUUAAAAAAGUAAGCCUACCCCAAGAAAAUCGUUUGUCAGAGUUUUAACUAUGACUUUUCUUGCUUUGGUUAUGUUACAGUUAGCAUAAUAAAUGCCUCCAGUAGUGCUCUCAUUAGUAAAGCAGUGCAUAAGGAGACCAGCAGCAAAGUUCAACCAAAAUGUGUUUUGCUAUUAUUUCCUCUAAGAAGGAAUUUGCAGGCAACCAUAUUUCACUUUAAUUGUCUAAGACGGUAGACAAUCUAAAUGGCUAGGGAAAUAAUUGAGUUUAGUAGCACUAUUUUCAGAAUUCAGAAAUAAGUUAAUCAUUUAAUUCCUUGGAAUUCCACGAUUCAGCCUGCUCCGAAUUGUGUUGGUUUUAAUUUGCACUAACCACAAACAUGUAGUGGCAGGUCAGCUUUUAGUAGUUCUAAGCAGUAAGCUGGAUGAUGUUGCACUAGAGAAAUAUCCGUAAGUUGUGUUUGAAUUUCUAAUAGUUACUGGCGAGCUAAUCAUUUAGGUCUCAUGUAACAAUGUGUAAUUCCAGGCUCCUAAAUAUUUCCUCCUGGACUCUUGUCUAGGGGCAUAGCCUUUUGGCUGUUGGAUUCUAUCAUGUCCUUAAGAGUGUUCCAUCUUGCGAGGGUAUAAUAUUUUCUCUUUACUGAUUAUGAGGCUGGUUCCCUAAAACUGGUUAGCUUUGUCUCAUAGUUAAAUAAAGCAGAAAGAUUGCUUUAGCCUGCUCAAACUGGUAUAAGUCCAAGAAACUGAUUGGCAUAAGUUAAAUAAUAAAUGAGAAAGUCUGAGGCAUAUGCUGCUUUGGAGAUACAGUAAACAUGUACAGAAGCCUUCUUAACAAUAUAGUGUUAGUGUGAUGCUAUACUAUUGGAAAAAUAGCUUUUUCUAUUUUGUAAGUUGUACGCAUAAACAUAAGCUUUGUAAUGUUUGAUUUAUAAACUGCCUUCUUCAAUACAUGCUUACCUGUUAAUAGUGUUUUCUCCAAGUUUGAUAGUAUGUCUUCCAGAAGUUCAUAUAUGCUUACAGUAAAUAGUUCCUGGUUUGUUGAAAUGUUAACCUUCUUGUUGGUUUCUUUCUGAUUUUGUGGGCGUAGAGCAAGCCUGGAGGACGCUGUAAUCAUCUUGUACAGGGUGAUUGUGUAUGAGAGCCUUUAUAGCUACUUUAUCCGUUAUCAUCUACGAUUAAUGUUUCUUUUUGCUUUGUUUUCAAAUAAAACAAAUGCUCCUUUGAGUUUAAUGCAUUUGGCCCUUCUGAAAUUUCUGGGACCAGAAAACUUAAAAAGUUCUGCAUCUUAACCAUUAUAACUAAUUAAAUGUCAGCUUGGGAUUGUUGUGAAGUAUUAAUUGCUUUAAAGCAAUCAUAGACACUGUUGGCAAGAUCUCCAGGCUGAAUAGUUCAUUUUGCCUGCAAGAGUUUGUAUGUGAAUAUUAAUGAAAAACACAUUUAAGUAAAAUAAAGUUGAAAGUGGUCCAAAGCAAAAGCCACAGACAAUUCCUCACCCGGUGCUUAGUCUCUGUAAGGGCUCCAUGGUUUGACCUGCCCUGACUGUUUUUCAGUGAGAACAGGCUCACAUGAAAACAUGCGAACUUGAUGCAUUUACAUAAGAGGUUGAUUCUAUAAUAUCAUUGGAAGUCUUGGCCUAAAAUUUUCUUUAGCUUCUGCUCAGCACUGAUCAAAAUGUGAAUAGUGAAGUGGCUAUCCUAAACCUUGGUUUAUCUCAGUCUAUAACCAUAGAUUCCAGAAGUAAAUACAGUUCUUAUCUAGUAGUAUUCUACUUGUAUCCAGAAUACUGUAUUAAUUAAAAGUUUACUAUGUUCACUUUUGUAUUCCCGUGCUUUUUUUUUUUUUGCUCAUGCAUGUAUCCUUAGUAUAAACAUGUUGCUUUUUUAAGGUUUGACUUUUAGAAAUAAAUUUCAAAAAAUG